UUGUUUUUUUACGUCACAGUGGAACUACAAAGAUUUCAUUUAAAUAUAGCACGAAUGAAACCAUACACAAUUGCUAACAAUAGCGAGUUAAACCUCUAAAGCGAAGUAGCUUGCAAAAGUUUGACAAGUUUACGUUCACCGAGCUCAGCUCCACCCCCUGGUUACCCACCUGUUCUUGUCAGAUAGCGACCAGAGGCACCGUUAGGCACAAUUGCAUAUUUUUCAACAGCUAAACAGCUAUUCUGUCAUCCUAGCACAGCCAGCUGCCAUGGCCUCAGGUGGGGCCCCACUGCCACCCCCGGCCAACCAUUGUGCCACCAAGGUGGAGCUGACCAUCUCCUGUGAAAACCUCAUGGACAUGGACAUCUUCUCCAAGUCAGACCCUUUGUGCGCCUUGUACAUCAACACCUCAGGCUCCCACUGGUCUGAGUUUGGACGCACAGAGAUGAUCCUGAACUGCCUGAAUCCAAAGUUUGCCAAGAAGUUUGUGAUCGACUACUAUUUUGAGAUGGUGCAGAGGCUAAAGUUUUGUGUGUAUGACAUCGACAAUGACAGCCACAGCCUGACUGAUGAUGAUUUUCUGGGGGAGAUUGAGUGUACCCUGGGUCAGAUUGUUUCAAGCAGGCAGAUGACCCGACCUUUACUUCUGAAUGACAAGAGACCUGCAGGUCAUGGGACCAUCACAAUUUGUGCUGAAGAAAUAAUAGACAACAGAGUGGCAAACUUUGAGGUGUCGGCUCACAGGUUAGACAAAAAGUUUUUGUGGUGGUCCGACCCUUUCCUGGAAUUCUACAAGCAGACAAAAACUGGGUGGCAGUUGGCUUACAGGACAGAGGUGGUCAAAAAAAAGCAAAACCCAGUCUGGAGACCCUUCACCAUCUCAUUGCUAUCCCUCUGUGGAGGAGAUGUGGAGAGAGCUAUAAGGGUGGAUUGUUAUGACCACCACGUCAACGGCUCCCAUCAGCUCAUCGGCAGCUUUACAGCAACACUAGCUGAGAUGCAAAUUGCAACACGCAUUUCUGCGGCUGAAUUUGAGUGCACUCAUCCAAAAAAGUCGAAGAAGAGGAACUAUAAAAACUCUGGGAUCAUUUGCAUCAACAACUGCCAGGUGGAGAAGCAGUAUACCUUCCUGGAUUAUAUCAUGGGGGGUUGUCAAAUCAACUUCACUAUUGCCAUUGACUUCACAGCCUCUAACGGGAAUCCCAACGUUCCCAAUUCCCUCCACUUUAUCAACCCUGAGGGAUAUAAUGAGUACCUGAAAGCCAUCUGGGCGGUGGGGAAUGUCAUCCAGGACUACGACAGCAACAAGAUGUUUCCUGUCUUUGGUUUUGGAGCCGAGCUACCUUUCUCUCAACGCGUUUCCCAUGAAUUUCCUAUCAAUUUCAAUCCAUCAAAUCCAUUCUGUGUGGGAAUAGAGGGUGUGGUGCAGGCUUACCGGCAGUGUCUACCCCAGCUGAAGCUCUCGGGCCCCACAAACUUCGCUCCGAUUAUCAACCAUGCGGCCUGCUUCGCCAGACAAGCUCUACAGCAGAAUGUUGCCUCACAGUACUUCGUGCUGCUCAUUAUCACAGAUGGAGUGAUCACAGACAUGGACCAGACAUGCACGGCUAUUGUCAAUGCUUCUCGUCUCCCCAUGUCCAUCAUCAUCGUGGGCGUGGGGGGGGCAGACUUUGGCGAAAUGGAGUUCCUGGACAGUGAUGAUGUAUUGCUGUGUUCACCCAGAGGUCUUGUCGCCACAAGGGACAUUGUGCAGUUUGUGCCCUUCAGAGAUUUCCAAGAAAACAGCGCGGCUCUUGCUCUGAGUGUCCUGGCUGAGCUGCCUGAUCAAGUGUCCUCUUUCUUCAAUUUAUUCAAGUUGAAACCCCCUUAUGUAUCCAGUGUUUCUGAGCCGUCUUAGAAAGGUUUGUUAAAGUAACCCAAAUAAAUCCUAUGUACUACUCAUCUGUAUGUCCUGCAGCCUCUUUCUUGGAUUCCUUUAUGGAUUGUUGCAAAUAAAUGCCAAGAAGUGAACAUGGUUGAAAGAAUUGACCAACGUAUUCAAAAUUACCUCAAACAUGUCACUUGUAAUGGAAAUAUGUGGCUACAAAUGAGAUAAUACAUACGUUUAUUACAGCUUAUGGUAGACAACCACACCACUGACACAUGUCCAAAGGGGAUACGUCUCAAUUAAAGGCAACCACAUAAAACCAGAUUAAAAUGACAGAUUUCUUGAGAAAGUUGUUGGAAACAUUGGGGAAAACAUGCUUAUACUUUUCCAGUGUAUGUAUACAAUUCCCCAAUGACCCUGGAGUCAUUUGGUGUCAUGAUAUGCAAGCUAUUGAAAACCUUUGAAGAGAUUUUAAUGAAAAAAUAAAUAAAUGAAUCAAUCAGACUUUUUGACUGAAAAAAAAUCCAAUACAAGAUUAUAUAUUCACAAGAAGCCCUAAGACACAAUGAAAGAGGUAUGUGUUAUUUGUCCUGUGUAAUGAUAUCAGGUAUGAAUGUGGCUAGUGGCUAGUCAAUGGGUGAGGGACGGGUGUCCCUCUAACUGGAAACGAGCGCACUGGCCCCCGCCCACCACAGCCAGCUCCCAUUCCUCCUGUCAUUUCUGCCAACAGCAAACCACAGCCCACAGCUAGCGUAUGUAGCUAACAAGGUAAGAAAUACAAAGUGAAACUACUAUUGACAUUAUUCUGUUUUAACUGUCAAAAUAAAUAUAACGCUAGGUUUUAAGUUAGUUUGCUUAUUUACUGGAGAUAGGCGUACGUUAACGUUGCCUUUUUUAGUUACUUAAGUAUCAUGUGACAUUAAACGUUAGCUCAAAGCAAAUAGGCGUCAACUCGUUAAAGUAGAGUAAGAUACUCCAUAAUAACAGUUUACAUACAUGUAUUUUAACAGCAAUAAACGUGGAUAAACAUAUUUCGAAUCAUCUGCCGAUGUAACGUUGACGUUAGCUUACGUUGGUAAAAGCUCCUAAAGCACGGUCCGUUCUUUUCUGUCCCAUUAACGUUACCUUAAGUUUCCUUAACGUUGCUAAGAUGGCUUUAUCAUGAAUAGACCACAUAUGACAAAGUUGAGUGUUUGACUCUAAUUGUUAAUGUAUCCAAUACAAGCUUCAGCUAACUCUAGCCCCGUAUGGGACAGUAUCAUCCGGAGAGCCAGAUGAACGUUACCUCACCGCUGGAUGGCACUCCGUUUAGCGUUUGAUAAAUCCUACAUUUAAUAAAAUGUGUUGGCCGAGUUAACUAUAAAAACGUAAUGAAUCAUUACAUGACUUCUAUGAAAUGUUGCUACACAUUUCUAUUGAUAAACCAAUGGAUUUUGAUGCAGUUUGGU